AUGGAGCUCUUGGACCCUGGCGGGCCCUCCGCGCCCCACGUCGCGGACGGCGCAGUAACAGCGCGUGCGAGGCCGAGCGGCGGAGUGGUGUUCACCCCGCUGUACGGCGCGCACGCCGACGAGCCGCUGUGCUACCACCUGCGGCUCGGCCGCCUGCACCUGCUGCUGGACUGCGGCUGGACCGACCUCCUGGAUACGGACCUGCUCGAGCCGCUGCGCGCCGUCGCGCCCGCAAUCCACGCCGUGCUGCUCUCGCACCCCGACAUGGAGCACGCGGGCGCGCUGCCGUACGCGUACGCGCAGCUGGGGCUGCGCGCGCCCGUGUACUGCACGGUGCCCGUGGCGCGGCUGGCGCAGCUGAUGCUGUACGACCAGUUCCUCGCGCGGCGCAGCGCGGGCGACUUCGAGCUGUUCUCGCUGGACGACGUGGACGCCGCGUUUGACGGCGCCGUGCGCCUCAAGUUCGCACAGCCGCACGCCGUGGGUGAGGAGCGGGACGGCGUCAGCGUGACGCCGCUGGCGGCGGGGCACCUGCUGGGCGGCACGAUAUGGAGAAUAUCCGUUGACACGGAGGACAUAGUCUAUGCCGUCGCCUUCAACCACAGGGAGGAGCGCAUACUGGGGCGCACGGUGCUGGACACGGCCGUGGUGCGCCCCGCCGUGCUCAUUGCGGACGCGGCCACGGCGCUGCUGCCGCCGCUCAAGCGCAAGCAGCGCGAUGCACAGCUGGCGGAGGCCAUCAGCAGCACGGUGGGCGAGGGCGGCAGCGUGCUCAUGCCCGUCGACACGGGGGGCCGCGUGCUGGAGCUGCUGGUGCACCUGGAGCAGCUGUGGGCUUUGCAGGGGUGGGAGGUGGCGGUGGUGGUGGCGACGGGGGAGAGCUACAGCAUGGUGGAGGGCGCCAAGGCCAUGCUGGAGUGGCUCAACCCCUCCACUGCGCGCCACUUCGACGCCCAGCGCACCUCGCCCUUCAACUUCAAGUACAUCCGGCUGUGUCACAGUGUGGAGGAGGUGGAGGAGGUGGCGGGUCCCAAGGUCGUGCUGGCGUCGCUCGCCAGUCUCGAGGCCGGCUUCGCCCGCGCGCUGUUUGUGCGGUGGGCGCCUGACCUGCGCAACACGCUGCUUUUCACCUCGCGUGCCCCACCCGGCUCCCUCGCCCACACGCUGCAGACCAACGACGUGCGGUUCCCGGUGGUGAGUGUGAGCAUGAGUGAGCGCGUGCCGCUGGAGGGCGAGGAGCUGAGGGCGUACGAGGAGCAGCAGCGGCAGCAGCAGCAGGCCGCCAUGGACGCCGCUAGAGGGGGCCAUGGGGACGACGUGCAAGGGGAGGGGGAGGAGGGGGAUGGGGAGAGGGAGGACGGGGGAGGGGAGAAGGGGGAGGCGAAGGAGGAGGCGGAUGGGGAGGUGGUGGAUGGGGAUGAGGCAGGUGGGUGGAUGGGGCAGGUGGGUGGAUGGGGCAGGUGGGUGGAUGGGGCAGGUGGGUUUGAUGGGGCAGGUGGGUUUGAUGGGGCAGGUGGGUUUGAUGGGGCAGGUGGGUUUGAUGGGGCAGGUGGGUUUGAUGGGGCAGGUGGGUUUGAUGGGGCAGGUGGGUUUGAUGGGGCAGGUGGGUUUGAUGGGGCAGGUGGGUUUGAUGGGGCAGGUGGGUGGGCGUGUGAGAGCAGCUGCUGUGAGUGCAUGUGCCCAUCGUCCUUUCUUGCUGCUGUCUGUCCGGCAAGUGACGUGGUGGUGCACGGCACGGAGGAGGGCACGGCCGCCAUGCAGCAGGCGGGCAUCUGCAGCGACUGCAUGGCGCCGUGUGCAGGGCAGAGCAUCGACCUCACUCCCCACCUCGCCACCUUCCGUGUGAAGCUGAGUGACGACCUGCUCAGGGGGCUGCGAUUCCACAAGCUACGAGACGACUACGAGGUGGCAUUCGUGGAGGGCCGUCUGCACCCCUCCUCCUGUGCGCCGCCCUCCGCCUCGCUCUCCCUGCUGCCCCGCAUCACACGGCCCCCUCUGCUGCCCGCGCCCUCCGGGUCUGGGGCUGGCGGGCAGGGGGGAGAGGGGGAGGAGAAGGUGCAGGGGGAAGGUGGAGCGGGAGGAGAGGGAGCGGAGGAGGGAGGGGCGAGUGGGGGGGGAGCACGGCCGCUGAUGGAGCUGGUGCCUCUGGAGGGGGACGGGGAGGAGGCCAAGCGGCGGGCGGUGAUGGUGGGUGAUGUGAAGCUCUCGGAAUUCAAAGUGCUGCUGCAAGCCCAGGGACUCCAGGCUGCGUUCGUGGAGUCGGCCCCUGUAGCAACAGCAGGAUCUGCUGUUCUCAAGUGUGGCGAUUCUCUUGCUCUUAGAAAGGUUCCAGACCACAGGCUUGUACUCGAAGGCUCGCUGUGUGAUGAUUACUACAGGCCCUCCCCCCCCCAUCUGCGCGUGCUCUCCGCUCCCCCCAUCUGCGCGUGCUCUCCGCUCCCCCCAUCUGCGCGUGCUCUCCGCUCCCCCCAUCUGCGCGUGCUCUCCGCUCCCCCCAUCUGCGCGUGCUCUCCGCUCCCCCCAUCUGCGCGUGCUCUCCGCUCCCCCCAUCUGCGCGUGCUCUCCGCUCCCCCCAUCUGCGCGCGCGUACGUUCCGCCUCCAGUGCCCACUCAAACUCGGAGGCUGCUCCUUGCCAGCGGCUCGACGCAUCUCCUUUUUCGUCUUCCCCCGUUCCCGUGCUUUCUCCGCUGCUCUCCUUUCAUCCCGCCCAACUCCCCCCAUUCCCCCAAACCCAGGCGCCGUAUCCGACGAACGCGCCGUGGCAGAACUUGGUGCUGGGGCAGGGCGGCAACCCCGAGCUCGUCACGCCCUACGUCGUGCAGAGCGCGGAGGGGCGCGUCGCGUGGGGGCUGCCGGUGCGCGACCCCCAAGCGGGGUACAUAGUGCAGGCGUUCAUCACCACGCUCAUGCUCUCCACGCUGCAGGGCCUUCCCCCCCACCAGCUCUCCGCCUACGACGACCUCUCCGCCACCCUCUCCUUCCGCCAGCCCUCCUCCGCGCCCUCCGAUCCCCCCGCGCUCGAGGUCCCCCUGGUGCGCGGGUCCCCUUUCCUGACGUUCAUAUUCCCCCCGGGCGGCCCCCAAGCGACGCCCAUGCUGACGACGAUUCACGCCAUCACGGGCGUGGAGGCCAGCAGCGACAGCACCAAGUACCGCGUCGCUCUCAACAACGGCCAGGUCAGCCCUCCGCACCAACCGCCGCUCCCCAUUCCCGUGUCACAUUCUCCCAUCGUCUCUGCUAUCUUCUCCACCCGCCUGUCUCAAACUUCCUGUAAUAGAAUCCCCCCCCUCCCCACUCACUGUAUGUCUCAACCACCAUCUCUUCUCCCCCCUUCUCCUUUCCGCUCUCACCAGACGUGGCUGGUGUACCUGUCGUCGCCACUGGCGCUGCGGCAGGACGGGGCAGCGCUGGUGGCGGAUGCGCCAUUCACGGGGACCAUGCGCGUGGCGCUGCUGCCCGGGACCUCCCCGCAGGACGAGGAGGCGCUGCUGGACGCACACGUGCCCACGGUGCCUGUGGGGGGCAGCGCGCAGGUGGGCGAGUUCCUCAUCGAGUACACCUGGCGCACCCAGCACUGGCGCCAGCUGGCUGAUGGCGACACUGAGGCGCCGCUGCUCAUGCUCUCGCUGCCAAGUGAGUAA